AAAUAUUAAAUGUACUUUUUCUCUUACGAAGAUGUUCAUAAAAGUUUUAUGUUGUUCUUAACUCACGUUGGUUGCACUUUAUAUGUUUCAAGGAAUUGAUAAAGUUCCUCUAUGUCCAGUGGCCAUCAGAGUUGUAUGAAAAUUGAGCUUGGAUAAAGAAUCAGAGAUGUCAUCUGAAACUCCCAUACAGAUGAAGAAAACGAGCAGUUUUCUGCCUUAUCCAAACGAUCACCUGCCCGAUUAUGCACUGAAGAAGGCAGAGCGGGAAUUGAAAGAAACGCCCGAAGCAAAACAAACAGCACUGGCAGAAUUUAAAAAAUUGCUUCAAGAAAAUCCAAAAACUAAGGAGAUACAUUUCGAAGAAGAUUUUCUGAUUCAUUAUUUGAGGGGUACUAAGUACACGAUCCAGAAAGCAGCUAACCACCUACAGAAUUACGUUGAUUUCAGGACGAAGCACAAUCAUUUAUUUCAAGCUAUUUCAGAAGAGUAUUUUCUUACAAAACGCUUCAUUGGAUCGUGUGUCGUCUUACCCGACAGAUGUCCAGAGGGGUGCGUGGUUUUUUGUAUUCGACUUGGGAAGUGGAAUCCGAGAGAAAUCCCAUUAGAUGACUUCAUAAAAUUGUACCUGCUGACAAGUUUGCAAAUUUUACGUGAUCCAAUGGCACAAAUUAAUGGAUUCAAAACCAUUUUUGACAUGAAAGAUACCAAUAUUCAUCACCUUCGACACGCUACUUUACAUAAUUUGUACAUUCUGUAUCACCUACCUCUGAACUGUAUUCCCGUCCGAAUAAAGGGACUUCAUGUUGUCAACCAAACUGCUCUGGUGAGUUUGGCAUGGAGAAUUCUGUACCCAUUUCUACCGGAAAAAAUUAAAAAAAGAACCCAUUUCCACUCGGAACCUCGGAAGUUGCUCGACUAUUUCCCUUCCUCUACGCUGCCUGUUCAGUACGGUGGAGAUCUCCCGGAAAUAGAUUCUACAGAAUUAACUUGGAGAUUAAAUAAAGAACAGCGAGAUAACUCGAUGCGUGGACAACCUAAUUUUUAUUAAAUUUAUUUAUAUUGUACAAUUUUUUAAUAAUGUGUAUAAUAAAAGCUCUUUGUAACUA